AUUGAUAUCCAAAUAAAAAAUCAAGAUCUCAAAAUUGAGACUAAAAGAGCGAGUGGAGCUGGUGGUCAGCAUGUGAAUACAACUGAUAGUGCUGUUAGAAUUGUUCAUAUUCCGUCAGGUAUAGCUGUUGAAUGCCAAACAGAUCGAUCUCAAAUUAAGAAUCGGUAUAGCCAUGAUAAACUUAGAACAAAACUAUAUGAACAACAAAUUACAUCACAGGAGACUACCACCAAAAACAUAGAAAAAUCACAAGUAGGGGCUAGUAAUCGAAAUGAAAAAAUUCGUACGUACAAUUAUAACCAAGAUCGUAUUACAGAUCAUAGACUUUCAUAUAAUAUUCAUAAUAUUAAAGUUUUUAUGGAAGGAGGAGAACCUCUUCAGAAGCUAAUUGAUAACUUAGACGAAAUAUCAAGGUUUGAAUUAUUAGAUAAACUAAUUCACUCUAUACCUGAAAGUUACCCUCUAUACAAAAAUGCAAACGUAAAAUAAAAAAGUUAUAUUUAAUUGAAUAAUGUUGAAAAGCUUUAAUAAGGUUUAAACAAUUUAUUUUGUAAAUUAUACAUAAUUAAAAUAGCAUUUGGUUACAUUAUAUUUAUACACAAUUUGAAGA